AUGUCAAGCUUUUCUAAUGUGCACAUGUUGGCUGGCAAUCGGAUCCUCCAUUUGUGGACCAUCUUCACUAGCAUAGCCACACUUUUCCAUCAUCAUCUCAAUGGCAAUUUCUUUGUGGCCAGCAUGAUAUUCAAAGCAGUGGAGGCGUGUGCGUGUGUGGAUGGUGGAGGAGUCAAGUGUAAGGCGGGACUUAUGCUAAAGACAACAACAACGGUGGCAUCAAGUCAGCUUUUUAAGGAGGAUCGAAUCUGGCUCAAUGGCAAAGAGGACAAUAUCAACCAUCCAUGGCUCCAGUCCUGCUUAAGAGAAAUCCGUCGCCUGGCCAGGAAACGAAGCAGUGAUGGAGACAAUAACUCUGAGAAGUUAAACCUGUCCCAUAAAGUUCACAUCUGCUUCAUAAACAACUUCCCAACAGCCGCGGGGUUGACAUCCUUUGCAGCAGGCUACGCUUGCCUGGUGUACACGCUAGCCAGGCUGUGUGGAGUGGAGGGGGAGCUGUCUGAAGUGGCUCACCAGGGGUCGGGCAGUGCCUGCAGGAGUAUGUACGGGGGCUUUGUGCAGUGGAUCAUGGGAGACAAGCCUGAUGGAAAGGACAGCAUCGCAGAACGUAUACAGCCAGAUACUCACUGGCCUGAGCUCCGAGUCCUUAUACUAGUGGUGAGUGCAGAGUGGAAACCAGUAGGAAGCACUGCUGGAAUGCAGACAAGUGUCCAAACCAGCCCCCUCCUAAAGUAUCGGGCAGAGUCUGUUGUUCCUGAGCGGAUGAAAGAGAUGAUUGCUGCAAUCCGAUGGCGGGAUUUUGAAACAUUAGGAGAACUGACCAUGAAUGACCAUGGGUGGUGA